CUCAAAGAUGGCCGCCAAACGUUUCGAAACGUUCUGCCUCGAUCCCAUGAACACGUGCAACUCGAGCCUCGUUUGCGUGUUCUGUAUGUUUGCCAUGGAAACCUUCGAUAUUCACAGCGAAAGAAAAAUCAAGAUGGCGAUGUCCGAUGUGGAUGUGAGUAGCUCUUUAGACCACGAUGAGGAGCCUCUGGCUGAACUUACGGACGAGGAACUCUACAACCUUGUUCAGGAGACGUUACAUGCCAACGAUGUACUUAAAAACGAGACCACAAUGUUUGAGAAAUACCUUAAAAGGGUUGAUCCAAAGGACAUAGGUUUACAGCAAGCUACUACCCAAGGUCCAACCCAGCCUACUAUUGAGCCAGGUCACAGAGGACUGAGAAAGAGGUCAAGAUCAAGGGGACCAUCAUUAGAUAGGCAUUUGAAAUUAACAGCAGAGCAGAAGUGUGACAUUGCCCAGCGGGAGCUGGAAGAGUUGAGAGAUGAAAUUGAGAAACUCAAAGACGAAUCAGAAAAGAUCCUUGAUAACUUCCGGGCUGUCAUGGAAGAAGCAGACAUCAGAAGUGCUGAAGUUAAGAAGGCUUCCUAUGAAUUUGAGAGAGAUAUUGUCAAAGGAGCAGUCAACCAGAGAACCAACAAAGUUAUUGCUGAGAGAGUUACAAGAUAUAUUGAAGACAAAAUUAGAGCAAGGGACACCACAAUUGAGAAGCUAAGACUCAAGAACUCUACACUGAAAGUUCAAAAGAGAAAGCUGCACAUGCAACUUAAACAGAAAGAAGAAAUGGGAGAAGUUCUUCAUGAAGUUGAUUUCAAUCAGCUCAAAAUUGAAAACCAACAAUAUCUUGAAAAGAUUGAUGAAAAAAAUCAAGAUCUUCUGAGACUUAAACUCAUGGAUGGAAAUGUGCAACAGAUUCUUAACACCUACAAGAAAAAAUUACACACACUGACAAUGGAGUCGUCAAGAUUGAAAAUGGAGAUUGCACAGAGAAACGAGCUGCUUUACAAGAUCGAUGCUGAAACACAGAUGGUUGAAAAGGAACGGACAAAAGCAGAAACAUUGAAUUCAAGAUUGAAGCAACAACUAACAGACUACAAAGUACCAGAUGUUUUAGAUUAUGUCACUGAACGAGCAGACCUAUAUGAACUCAACAAAACAGUACGCAUGUGGGAGAGGAAAGUUGAAAUAGCACAUAUGGCUUUGAAAACAAAUCGCAAGACUUGGCGCAAGUUACAAAUGGCUCAUCAAGAACAAACCCCUUGGAAAGUAUAGGGGUGUCAUGCAACACACAAACAAAUUGUCACUUAGUGUAAUGAGCAUCACGCCAUGUUGUAAAUAGGAAAGGCUUGUUUGCAGGCAUUGUACAAAAGGAGUUUGCUCACCAGUUAUAUUAGUUGUAAAUAAAGUAAAGUACCCUAAA